AUGGAUGGCUCGAAAAUUAGAUGUCCAUGUAAACGCUGUGAUAAUAACAAAUAUUUUCAUACGGACACGGUGAAGGAGCAUCUUGUGAAGAAGGGGUUUACUCGGAAUUAUUAUGAUUGGAGAUAUCAUUACGAUGUCGGAGCAUCUUCUGAUGUCGCAGCAUCGUCACAGGCAAAAUCGAUGGAUUUUGAUACAACAUCAAAUCCAUACCAGCAUAUGGUGCACAAUGCGUGGGGACAAUCAAGUGCUCACGAGCCUUGGCAAUAUGUUCCGCCUACGUACAUGCCAGAGCCCCCCAUUAAUGAGUCGCAACAGUUCUAUAAUAUGUUAGAAGCGUCUAAGUCUGAUUUGUGGGCGGGGUGUGAUUAUUCUGAGUUGUCAACAAAUGCUCGACUAAUGACUAUGAAGUCUGAACAUCGAUUAUCUCAGCGAGCUGUUGACGAGUUGUGUCAGUUUAUGGAAGAGCGUUUGCCGAAACCGAAUCGUAUGCCUAACGGUUUUUAUCAGUGCAAGAAACAGAUGCAAGCUUUAGAUAUGCCCGUUCUCAAGAUACAUUGUUGCAUGAAAGGGUGCAUGAUCUAUUGGAAAGAAGACGAAGAUAGGACAGAAUGCAAAGUUUGCGGUCAUGCUAGAUUUAAGGGUAAUGGCUGUCGUCCAUUCAAGAAGAUGUACUAUUUUCCUUUGGGCCCAAGAUUAAGACGUUUGUAUGCAUCUGAAGUUACAGCUCAAUCAAUGCGAUGGCACGCAGAGCACGCCCAGACUUCAGGGGAGAUGCGUCAUCCAGCGGAUUCUGCAGCAUGGAAAACAUUUGACAAGACGCAUCCCCUAUUUGCUUCUGAAUCAAGAAAUGUCAGGUUAGCACUUAGCACAGAUGGAUUUCAGCCAUUUGGUCAAUCUGGUUCACAAUACUCAGUAUGGCCGGUGAUUUUAACUCCAUACAAUUUGCCUCCGUGGAUGUGCAUGAAAAAUCCAUACAUGUUUCUCACUGUGAUUGUGCCCGGUCCGAAGAAUCCCAAGCAGAAUAUUGAUGUGUUUCUACAACCCCUGAUCGCAGAGCUUAACGAUUUAUGGACCGAAGGAAUCCCUGCAUAUGAUAUAUCAAGAAAACAGAACUUUCAGCUACGCGCAGCGUUGAUGUGGACUAUCAGUGACUUCCCUGCGUAUUCAAUGUUGUCAGGGUGGAGCACAUCUGGACACCGUGCGUGUCCAUAUUGUAUGGAGGACUCACAAGCUUUCUCCUUGAAUCAUGGACGGAAAACCACUUGGUUUGAUUGCCACAGGAGGUUUCUCAACAGAAAUCAUCGAUUCCGCAGAGACAAAAAGAACUUUAGAAAGAACAUAACUGAGCAUUCUGGUCCUCCUCCAUUCUUAAAUGGAGAACAAAUACUUGAUCAUCUGGAACAAUUUGAAUUCAAGAGAGUAUUUGAUGAAGGUGCGGAAAUAAACUCUAAGUUGAGCAAGAUUUUUGGAUGGAAUAAACGAAGCAUAUUUUGGGAUCUUCCGUAUUGGAAGACAAAUGUGAUUCGUCACAACCUGGAUGUCAUGCACAUAGAGAAGAAUGUUUUCGACAAUAUCUUCAAUACCAUCAUGAAUGUAGAAGGCAAGACGAAGGACAAUGCCAAUGCAAGAAGAGAUUUGGAAGAGCUUGGCAUACGACCUGAACUUUGGCCAUAUGACGGGAAAUAUCAUAAGGCUAAUUUCACGCUUGACAAAGAAAAUAUGAAUUUAUUGCUCAAGUGGCUCAACAUUUUGAGAUUCCCAAAUGGUUAUGUUUCUAACUUAUCAAGAUGCAUUGAUAAGAAGAAACAUAAUUUGUACGGUAUGAAAAGUCACGACUGUCACGUGUUUAUGCAACGAUUGCUACCGAUUGGACUUCGUGAGUUACUCCCACACACUGUAUGGGAACCUUUGACAGAGUUGAGCAAUUUUUUUAGAGAUCUUACUGCCACAGUGAUACGGGAGGUUGAUAUGAAAAAAUACAGUGAGUCGAUUGUAGUUACCUUGUGCAAGCUUGAGAUGAUAUUUCCCCCGUCUUUCUUUGACUCAAUGGAGCAUCUUCCAGUCCACUUAGCAUAUGAGGCAUUGAUCGCUGGACCAGUGCAUUUUGGAUGGAUAUAUCCAUUUGAACGGUACAUGCGCAAACUGAAGUUAAAUGUUAAGAAAAAGGCUGCUGUAAAAGCAUCAAUAUGUAAUGCGUAUUUGACCGAGGAAGCAUCUCAUUUUUGCACACAUUACUUCGAGUCACAUGUUCGUUGCCGAGGUAGAGAUGUCCCUCGUAAUGACGACGGGGGAGGAUCUACUCACCCCGAAGAUAUGCUUCAGAUUUUCACAUAUGAUACCAGAUGUGUUGGGAAGGGACGAACACGAUUCUUGUUAGAAGCCGAGUACAAAGCGGCGCAUACUUACAUAUUGCUUAAUACUCAAGAAGCGAAGGAAUUUGAGUAG